AUGAGACUCGCCCUUUCGACCACCCUCCUCUCCAUCACAGGAUCAGCAAUUGCGGAGGAAGCCAUUGUUGGUGGAUCCACGGCCGCACCUGGACAAUUCCCUUACCAAGUUUCCGUUCAAACCAGCUCCCACCGAUGUGGCGGAUCCAUCAUCGAUAAAGACCACAUCCUAACUGCCGCUCACUGCGUAGAUGGGCUAUCCGCAGAGCGCCUGAGAAUCCGGGCGGGAUCAAACCAGCACGCCUCGGGUGGGAAGCUGGUCAAGGUGGCUAACGUCACGCAACACUCGGAGUUCGACGCCAAAACAAUCAAGAAUGACAUCGCUGUCCUCAAGCUGGCCUCGAGCCUGGACUUUGGAUCUGCCAUCUCGGCCGUGGACCUUCCGUCCUCAGCGGACGAGACGCCGCAGGUGGGAACCGAGUGCUCUGUCACUGGCUGGGGGAGUACCGCCGCUGGAGGCUCUAUGUCCUCGAACCUCUUGGUCACGUACGUCAACAUUGUUGACCAUGAGAAAUGCCAAGCGGAAUAUGCGGAUGACCAGGAAGUUGAUGACUCCAUGAUCUGUGCUGGUGUCAAAUUCGGAGGAAAGGAUGCCUGCCAGGGAGACAGCGGUGGUCCGCUUGUUGACGCCAGCUCUAAAAAGCAGAUUGGAGUUGUUUCGUGGGGGUCUGGAUGCGGAAAAGACUACCAGCAGGGUGUUUAUGCUAGCACCGCGGCCUAUCUUGAUUGGAUCCAGGGGGCCGUUCUAGGAGUCUAG